AUGAAUAAUUUUUUACACAGUUUAAUUAGUGAAAACGUUCCCGCUGCAGAGGAAAACGUGUCAAAUAAUUCAAAUAUUGAUGUGGUUCCAGGCAUCGAUUUUCUAAAUGAUGUUGAAAUGGAAAAUAAUGGUCAUACAACAAAUGGAAAUUCUUGUAAAAACGGAAACAUUAAUGAUUCUUUAGAUAUCGAGGAAGAUAUGGAUGUCGAUAUGAUUACCCCGCGAAAACACAGCUAUGGCAUAGAGAGAAUAUUAGAAUUCGGUAAAGAACUUUCACAAAUGGGUCAGCAACUUGAAAAGGAAAACAAAAUGAAUGAUGAUGAUAGACAAAUGUUGGAGGAUGCAUUUAGCUUAAUUGCAUAUUCAAAUCCAUGGGCAAGUCCUUUAGGCUGGCAAUUAUGUCCCACAAAACGUGAAAAUGUAUGCACAGCGCUUAACUCUGCCAUAUUAGAAUCAAUGAGCUAUGCUCGGCGUCCGCCGUUAGAUGUUUGUUUAGCACAUGCGUCCGAAUUGCUUAAAGUAAUGGCGCAGGCUUCGCUCGGUGCAUGUGCGUUUGUGAAUAUUGAAGACAUAUUUCCUCAAAAUUGACCAUCCGCGAUAUAUAAAAUUUUUGAGACUUAAUUUCAAUAAUAGAACUGUCGACUCAUCCGAAUGUGCUAAGUACAGCGCUUACAUUAUAAA